AUUCACUCGUUUGGCGGUUUAAAACCACAGUUAAAAGUAAUCUAGUCCAGGGUUAAUUCUAAUUCUAAUUCUGAAUGAGAUUCACUUUACGGUUGCGGAAAAUCAAGCCACGGAGAAAAACAAUUAACCGAAAGUCACAUCGGCCGGAACCCAUGGAACCAUCGUCGUCGUCGGAAUGGAAGCUAACAGUAACAGAACAAGAUCAGCGAGCAGUGGAAAGUGAGGUUUUCCAUAUAUAUCAUCUUCUCUAUAAUAUUCCCCCCAAUUCCCAAUCAGUCAUGUUAGAGCUUCAACGUGAUAAGCACAUUGAGUUCCUUGACAACGGCCUUCGGCAUCUCGGUCCAUCGUAUACCGUCUUAGAUUCCAAUCGGCCGUGGAUUUGCUAUUGGAUUCUUCAUUCGAUUGCUUUGUUGGGAGACUCUGUUGAUUUUGGUUUGGAAUGUAAUGCUAUUGACUUUUUAAGUCGGUGCCAGGACCGGGAUGGUGGAUAUGGUGGCGGACCUGGGCAGAUGCCACAUCUUGCAACAACUUAUGCCGCAGUUAAUUCACUUAUCACCUUAGGCGGUCAUAGAUCUUUGGCAUCAAUUAACAGAAGAAAGAUUCACUCAUUUUUGCGUAGAAUGAAACACAUAAGUGGAGGAUUCAGUAUGCAUGACGGUGGGGAAGUCGAUGUUCGUGCUUGUUAUACCGCUAUCUCUGUUGCGAGUAUUUUAAAUAUAUUAGAUGAAGAACUUGUCCAAGGUGUGGGAAAUUACAUCGUAAGUUGUCAGACCUAUGAAGGUGGCAUUGCUGGUGAACCAGGUUCAGAAGCUCAUGGAGGGUACACUUUUUGUGGGCUGGCCACAAUGAUUUUGAUCGAUGAGGUUAACCGUUUGGACCUGGCUAAUCUAACUGAUUGGUUGGUUUUCAGACAAGGAGUGGAAGGUGGCUUUCAGGGAAGGACAAAUAAGUUGGUUGAUGGUUGCUAUUCUUUUUGGCAGGGGGGAGCUGCGAUGCUAAUACAAAGAUUACAUGCAUCCACUGGUGACCGGCAUAAUAGUAUGGGAAGCAAUGAAGAUUCCACGUCAUCUGAAUUAUCUGAUGAUGAAGAGGAAGGAAAAAAGAAUGAUGUUGACCAAGUGUUCAUUCACAGGCAUACAGAUGCAGAGCCUCUUUUUCAAACUCAUGCGCUGCAGCAAUAUGUUCUCUUGUGCUCACAGGUGGAAGGAGGGUUCAGAGAUAAACCAGGGAAGAACAGAGACCACUAUCACACGUGUUAUUGUCUCAGUGGUCUAUCCGCCGCUCAGUAUAGCUGGUCUAUAGAUGAUGAUUCUCCACCAUUUGCUCGCUCUGUGGUUGGUCCAUAUUCUAACCUUCUUGAACCAAUUAACCCUCUUCACAACAUAGUCUUGGAACAAUACAAUAAGGCACAUGAGUUUUUUACCAAUGCUUCAGCACUGUGAUGCAUAAAUAACCUUACCGAUUUUCUGGAUUUUAAAUUAUACUAGUGUUGUAUCAUUUUUGUCUAUUCGGUGUUAUAGGUAUGGUUUACAAUCCAUAUAGUUUAGAGGUCUAUGUAACUUGAAUUGGACAUGGGAGUAAAUCUUUUGAACUUAAAAGAUACUACCUAUCCCUAAUAUUGUUUAUCUACAUUUCACUUUGAAUAUUGACUUAUGUAUUGCAGAUGCUACAUUUUAGAAAUUAUUAUUGAGAGAAAUGUAAACUAUUCCUAAUA